GAGACAUUAGUCCCAGUCUGAGCUGGACACUCACUGAAGACACAGUCAAAGACACAGCAGUCAUGACUCAAGUUCUGGAUAUCGACCGCUGUGACCUGGAGAGUGAAUUCAACAACACUGACCAUCGCACUGAUCUCAACGGUGUAGAUCGUCUGAUCGUGAGAAGAGGCCAAGUGUUCACAAUCAGCCUGUAUCUUCGCUCCGGGAAUUAUCAGCCAGGACUCAGCUCACUUGACUUUGUUGCAGAAACAGGUCCUCAGCCACAUGAGCAGUAUGGCACCAGGGCUGUAUUUGGUCUGUCUGCCAACGUUGACACUUCCCGCUGGAGCGCUGCUAUCAUCAGUCCUCCUGGGGACACAGUGGCCGUGUCCAUCUGCUGCGCCCCUGAUGCCCCUAUAGGCCGCUACACACUGACCCUGGGUCAUUCAGCGCGGAUCGAGUUCAUUCUGCUCUUUAACCCCUGGUGCCCAGGUGAUGCAGUUUACAUGGAGGAUGAGCAGAGUUUGGCAGAAUACGUCUUGUCUCAGGAUGGGAUCAUUUUCCGAGGAAGUUACAAGCAUCCCAUAGCUACUCCCUGGAACUUUGGCCAGUUUGAAAGUGGGAUUCUUGACAUCUGUCUGAGGAUUCUGGAUAUGAAUCCUAAAUGCCUGAAAAAUCCUGGCAAAGACUGCUCAGGCAGGAGAAAUCCUAUCUAUGUGUCCAGAGUGCUCAGCGCUAUGGUGAAUUGCAAUGAUGACAAAGGGGUGUUGCUGGGAAAAUGGUCAGAUGGUUAUGAAGGAGGUGUGAGCCCGUUGUUCUGGAGAGGCAGUGUGGAGAUUCUGCGCAACUGGGACACACAAGCUUGUCAACCUGUGCGCUAUGGACAGUGCUGGGUGUUUGCUGCAGUGGCCUGCUCAGUUUUCAGAGCUCUUGGCAUUCCCUGCCGAGUCGUCACCAACUACAUGUCAGCCCACGACACCAACAGCAACCUGGUUAUUGAACGCUUCAUCAAUGAAAAUGGAGAACUCAUUCAGUCCAGAGAAAUGAUCUGGAACUAUCACUGCUGGGUGGAGAGCUGGAUGACCAGGCCCGACCUUAAACCUGAUUUUAAUGGCUGGCAGGCCAGCGACCCUACACCUCAGGAGAAAAGUGAAGGAGUGUACUGCUGCGGCCCCAUCCCUGUGAGAGCCAUCAAGGACGGAGAGCUCUUGUUCAAGUACGAUGCCCCAUUUGUCUUUGCGGAGGUCAACGCUGAUGUCAUCACCUCCAUGAAGAAGAAAGAUGGCAGCACUUCGAAGGUCACUACUACUACAGUAGUGGGCCAGAAAAUCAGCACAAAGAGUGUUGGCAGUGACGCCAGAGAGGAUAUUACUCAUCUUUACAAGUACCCUGAAGGUUCUGAUGAAGAGCGGGAGGCUUUCAAGAAAGCCAACCACCAAAACAAGUUGCUCCACCAACAGCAGAAUGAAGGGCUGCACCUCACCAUCAAGGUGACGGCAGACAUGAGGAAGGGCUGCGACUUCGACGUGUUUGCUGUGGUAACGAACAACACGCAAAGCGCAAAGAAGUGCCGCUUGGUGUUUGGCUCCUGCGCUGUGUCCUACAAUGGCUUCCUGGGACAAAACUGUGGCUUUAAAGACCUGCUCAAUGUUGAACUCUCACCAGGAGGAGAGAGGCGUGUUCCACUCAGACUGAACUACUCUAAAUAUGGAGGCCAAAUCACCGAGGACAACUUGAUUCGUUUGGCAGCUCUGUUGUUUGACUAUGCCACCAAAGAGGCAACACUGGCAGUGAGGAACAUUGUGCUGGAGAAUCCUGACAUUAAAGUCAGAAUCCUGGGUGAACCAAAGAUAAGUCGUAAACUGGCAGCAGAGAUCACCCUCCACAAUCCACUGCCAGAGCGGCUGGAGGACUGCUGCUUCAGCAUCGAGGGGGCCAACCUCACCGGGGGCCGUGUGAUUUCAGAGAGGCUGGACUCCUCAGUGGGACCAGGGGAAGAUGCUAAGGUGAAAAUCUACUUCACUCCCAACCACUCUGGCCUGAGAAAGCUGGUGGUCGACUUCAACAGCAGCAAGUUGUGUCACGUCAAAGGCUACAGAAAUGUCAUCAUUGGGAAAUAGAGCGUUACAGCCUCUACUCACAGCAGCUUUUUUAAUAUAUGUUUUAGCCAUUAAGCAAAGCAUGCUUUUGUGCACAGUUUUAAUGCAUGAAGAACUUUUCCUAUUACUAUAGGUUUUCAUUUUUUUAUGCUGUAGAUCUGUUUUUAUUGAGAUUGUUUGUUUUAAAAUGUAACCAGAGAACACUUUGUAUUACAAAUGUAGGCUGGCUAAUAUGUGUAUGCAAAUCUUUGUUAUCCAGAAUCUGUGCCGUUUCUUCUCACAUUCUGAAGUGAAAGGAAUAGUAUUUUAAGUACCAUGUACCAUUUUUUUUAUACUUGUGCUGCAAUUAAAAGGUCAUAUUAUUAUCCCACA